UAAAGAUAAUAAGAGAGGUUCAUACAAGGCAAAAGCAAAGGCAAGGCAAAGAGAUGAUAACGCGAUCGAAUCUGGCGGAGCAGUUGCGAGAGUAUCAGAUUCGAUCGAAGCAUGAAUGGGCUUCCGUCUCCUUCUUCUCCUCCACCUCCUUCAAUCAUACUUUAUCAAGGGUGGAUGUUGUGCUCUUUGUAAUAUGGGAACUGGUAAUCCUAGCUUUCCUGGUUUUUUCGGCAGUUUCUUUAUAUUUUAGGCAUAUGCGACUUGCUUUCAUCUUAGUAUGCAUUGCAAUGCUCUUGCUUUUGUGCAUAAAAGUUACAAAGCAAGUGAGAUUGGCUAGGAAAAAGAAACGGAGGAUGCUUCUUCCAUUAUCUAUGUAAUACUAGAUGAGGGGCACGCGCUACCCAACCUUAUUGUGCACAUCUGGAAAAGUCUUGGCCAUUGCAUUUGGUCUGUAUGGCAUGUUGAUCAGGGUGGAAUGUGUAAUCAUUGCCUUCGAAGGUUAGGUAAAAAAUUGAUGUGAUUACUGUGGAAGAUGCUGAUCAGAGUGGCGAGUUGAUUGAUCAAGAUAGUGAGAUUUCGUUAGUGAGGGGAGGAAAGGUUAGUUGACCAUACGGUUUAUUCUGUUGUCGGCCUAUUACUAAUGAUAUAGUGAUGUUUUCUUUACUUAUGAACAAUACAAUGACAUAAGAAACAAGUCUAUGACAUUUCAGAUGCAUAUA